UAUUUGGGUUGUGGGGAAGGCGUGAUAUUUCUCCACUGACCAGCGUAGGUGUGACUGAGUUUUUUUUUUCCACCUUAGCUCGUGCGCUUUGCCUGUCAGUGACAUCCACUUGUGUGUCAAAUGUGCUCUGCUGCAUUUUCGUAGCCGCGGUCGCAGAACAGUUAAUAAGCUGGCUGAACUUAGUGGCGAGAUACAGGGUUAAAGCAGCCAGCUAGCCACGCUAGCUUUAGCCACUACCAGCGCUGCUGUGAGAGCCGACGUCUGGAAGGGCGGAUGAGUUUGACGUUUUCUCCCCAAGUCGCCUCACAUUUCCGAGUUUAGUACAACGCGGUCCAUUCUCCUCAGAGCUAAUCUAGUCAGCAUGGAGAGGACACACUUUGCAAGAGCAUGAAGACGACCACGAACGGCAACUAAGAGGAUUAAAAGCAGCUCUGCCUUGAUGGGGAAAAGUUGAGCUGAGGAUUAACAGGAUUAAGAAAGGUUCCACGUUUUACCUGUCCUGCCAGGGCAUGCUAAAAACCUCAGUGAUGGACCCCACAGUUGUGAGUACAUCCACUCCCCCUGAUGAGUUUGAUAGGAAUGUGCCCCGAAUCUGCGGCGUGUGUGGUGACAGAGCCACCGGCUUCCACUUCAACGCCAUGACCUGUGAGGGCUGCAAGGGUUUUUUCAGACGCAGUAUGAAACGCAAGGCCACCUUCACUUGUCCCUUUAACGGCAGUUGCACCAUCACCAAGGACAACAGGCGCCACUGCCAGGCAUGUCGGCUCAAACGCUGUGUGGACAUUGGCAUGAUGAAAGUGGACAUUGGCAUGAGUAAAGAGUUUAAGUAUGGCAGGCCUCUUUUAAGCAAAGGCCUCUCACUUCCAGCUGAAUGUUCCCACCCCCCACCCCCACUCCCAACCCCAAAUGCUUCUGGGGAUACCAUGAGUGGCGGCAUCGACGCUGUGCCCUACUUCAUUCUGACAGAUGAGGAAGUGCAGAGGAAGAAGGACCUGAUUCAGCGCAGGAAGGAGGAGGAGGCACAGCGCGAAGCGGAGAGAGAGGCACGGCGGCCCCGGCUCACUGAGGAGCAGAGUCAAGUCAUCGCCACGCUGGUGGAGGCGCACCACAAAACAUAUGACGACUCUUAUUCUGACUUUCACCACUUCAGGCCUCCUGUGCGUGAGGGCCCAGUGACACGUAGCGCCUCUCGCAGAUCAGCCUCCCUCCGCUCUCUGUCUGACGCCUCCUCCAACUCCUUCAGUCACUCACCAGAGUCAGUAGACACCAAAAUGAACUUCAGCAACCUGCUGAUGAUGUACCAGGGGCAGGGCAGCAGCCCUGACUCCAGUGAGGAAGAUAAUUCCAGCCUCUCCAUGCUUCCUCACCUGGCUGAUCUGGUCUCCUAUAGCAUCCAGAAGGUCAUAGGUUUUGCCAAGAUGAUCCCUGGUUUCAGAGAGCUCACUGCAGAAGACCAGAUUGCCCUGCUCAAGUCCAGUGCCAUUGAGGUGAUUAUGCUGCGCUCAAAUCAGAGCUUCAGCCUGGAAGACAUGUCCUGGACCUGUGGCUCACCUGACUUUAAGUACCAGAUCAGUGAUGUCACCAAAGCUGGACACACUCUGGAGCUGCUGGAGCCACUGGUGAAAUUCCAGGUGGGCCUGAAGAAACUCAACCUGCAAGAGGAGGAACAUGUGCUGCUGAUGGCCAUCUGCUUGCUUUCUCCAGACCGCCCAGGAGUGCAGGAUCACACACGGAUUGAAGCCCUCCAAGACCAGCUGUCAGAAACCCUGCAGGCCUACAUUCAGCUUCACCACCCAGGAGGACAGCUGCUGUACGCCAAGAUGAUCCAGAAGCUGGCCGACCUGCGCAGCCUCAACGAGGAGCACUCCAAACAGUACCGCUCGCUCUCCUUCCAGCCGGAGCACAGCAUGCAGCUCACCCCGCUGGUGUUGGAGGUGUUCGGCAGCGAAGUCUCCUAGAGGGCGAACUUCAGCAGAGGGGCAGGAGGCAGGAGACAAGACCCCUGGGGGUAAAAAUGGAGGGACGAACCGGAAGAAAUGCUGGAUGGACUAGAUGAAGGUGUAAAGUAUGAGACGCAUGGAGGAGAGAAAGUGGUGUGGGUGUGUGUGUGUGUGUGUGUGUGUGUGUGUGUGUGUGCACGCGCGCAUGUGUUGAGUUUGUGGUUUCAUGUCAGUAGAAGUCUGUCUUGGUGUAAAGGCCAGAUGAGAGCAAGCAGAUGUUAUGAGAUGCAGUAAACAAGGGAUCUUCACAGCAGACAGCCUGUCCAUAUAAUGUUUUGUUUGUAUUUAAAUCAACAUACAGCUGCUUCAAAUACCAGGACAUCUUAUGUGUGCACAUCGUGCACACAACAAACAUACUCAGUUAUUCUUUUAGCCAUUCAGUUGAGCUACCUCUGGGGUUUAUUUCUGUUAUCAUCACAUGUGAAACGGUAACUUUUACACAGAACAGUUUAGAUUCAGUGUGGACAACAUUUUAGUUUAUCAAUGCAAAAGUAGUGCCUGCACAUGACUUAAGGUUUUUUUAAUGUUUGGAUUUGUUUCAGAAAUUCUGUAUUUUGUUUUGCAUCUUGUUCUGUCUUCAAGGCAACGUAUGUAUAUGGUUAUGUAUAUAAUUCCAAACGCAUGCCUUUCACCAAAGGUGUGGCCAACAACUUUAUCAAAAAGCUUCCUAAAAAAAAAAAUCUUGCUGCUCCAUGGGUUUCACACAUAUUGCCUCACUAGCCUCACAGCCUGUGAAGGAAAAUGUCAUUUCUUAGGUUUAUACUGAAGAGUACAGAGAUGAUUCUGUAUUGUAAUGAGGUUUUGAUUUGUUUUGAGGUGAGAAUUAGCCACUAACUGUGUCAAUCAUGAAAAGCCUGCAUUAUGGCUUCUUUUCUGAAAUUGUGUCAUCUUUCUUCUUUUGUUUGUUUAUUUCGCUGUAAAUGGUUAAUUGCUACCACAUUUAUCCGAAGCACUGUUAUACUACCUUUUACUAUGUAAGCUACUAUGUAAGCCUAUGUAUUGAUUUACAAUAUCUAUAUUAUAACCGAUUUUAAAGGGCUAAAAUGCCAAAUCUAACUGGAAUAGAAAAUUGAGGCCAAAGCUAGGAGCCUUUCUUGUUAAUAUAUAGCUGCACAGCAUUCUUGGAAUUGGCAUAGAUAUAGAUGUAACUGCAAUGAAUGCUUUUGUGUUUUCUGCAUCAUUUCACUUUAAAAGCAAUUCCAUGAAUUGUUCCUCCUCAGUGUACAGUGAGCUCAGUGGGCAGAGAGCUUGGGAAGCUGCUUUACACCUCCACAGAUAUCACACCCCUUUCAUUUCUGACUGGGAAGUGGAUUCUCUAGAAUGUCUGAGGGCCAGGUUGAAGAGGUGGUGCUCACCUCUACACCCAUCCCUCCUGUUUGACGAUGUGCUGCGCAGCAGCCCUCUAGUGGCUGCAUCAUGUAAAUACCAGGUAUAUAAAACUGC